AUCUGACUAUGUGCACUACAGGAGUGCCCGAACGUGGGCGCGCAUGGUGUCUCCGCAUGUGACGUAAUAGCUGCUUGUGCGGAGUGCGAGCUCGAUAGGACUCGUAUGGUUACGGAAAGUAAGAGCAGGGGAUUUGUGGAUCACUUGUUCAAUUAUUGAACAAUCUCUCUUGUCUUAGGUCACGAUAACAUAGAAAUGUCGGGGGAGAACGAAGAAACACAGACGACCGAGAUCACAACAGUGGACGAGAAGAUUCCGGACAACGUGAUCAAUCCUGAGAAGUCAGAGGAGGCUAAACUGAAGGCCAGAUACCCAAAUUUAGGAAAUAAACCUGGGGGCUCUGACCUGCUUCGCAAACGGCUCCAGAAAGGGCAAAAGUACUUUGACUCUGGAGACUACAACAUGGCUAAAGCCAAGAUAAAGAACAAGCAGUUGCCGACAGCUGCGCCGGAGAAGACUGAGAUCACAGGGGACCACAUCCCCACCCCCCAGGACCUGCCCCAGAGGAAACCUUCUCUAGUGGCCAGUAAACUUGCAGGCUGAUGCACUCACAGCCUCAACAGUCCCCUGGAGCACCUCCCCGCUCUGACCCUCUCCACUCACAUCUCAGAGCUGUAACAUUACCUCUCCCACCCCUCACAGUACCUGUCCCCUGCCUGUACCCCCUCCCCAGGGUCCCGCACCUAGCAAACUGGCUAGCUGAUACCUUCAAAUCCUGUUUAAUUUUGUUUUCACGCCAUCUGGCCUCAUCUACUGCCUCCUUCCUUGUUUCCCCCCCCACUACUUCUCUAAACUGAUUGCCCUUCUGUUAGUUUAUUCUUACUUUUCCAUGUUUCCUUUUUAUUUUCUCUUUACUUCAAUGUAAGAUAUGCUGAAAGACAGGACAUCCAAGUGUGAGUGUGAUGAGCGAUUUGUGACGCCUGUCUGCAACUAAUGGACGACUGAUACCACAGUUUUUACUGGUUAAAGAGAGUGGCGAGCAGCCCUUACGUGUUUAGAGGGCUUUACUAUGGUCAUCUAAGUGUGUGUGUGUGUGUGU